UGGCUGAGUACUCGAGGCAAUACUGCGAAUCCAUCGUAGAUUAGUCCCAGGCAAAAAUUUCGCAGAAAAAUGAGACCCAACAUUGUGACAGAGUCAGGAUUGCCUACUAGGUUGGGGCAAUUGUGGGAUGGCAUUCCAUUCCUUACUUCUGCCGUGGUGGUCAUUUGUGGGAUUAUUUACUUGGUCUGUCUAUUGGUUGGAUAUGACUCCUUUUUUGAAGUAUGCUUCUUGCCCUCUGCAGUUCUAUCACGGUUCCAAGCUUACAGGAUUUUUACCUCCGUCCUUUUUCAUGGUUCACUGCUUCAUGUUCUGUUCAACAUGUUGGCGUUAGUUCCUUUGGGUUCUGAAUUGGAGAGAAUCACGGGAUCUGUCCGCUUGUUGUACAUGAUAAUUCUAUUGGCUACAACCAAUGCUAUUUUUCAUCUUCUCAUUGCACUAGUGGUGGCACAUAGUCCUUUCAACCAUUAUCAGGAUCUCAUGAAUGAGUGUGCAAUAGGCUUCUCGGGGAUCUUAUUUUCUAUGAUUGUGAUUGAAACAAGUUUGAGUGGAGUCCAAUCCAGGAGCAUCUUUGGACUCUUUAAUGUGCCUGCUAAAUGGUAUGCAUGGAUCUUGUUGGUAGUGUUCCAGCUUCUUAUGACAAAUGUCUCAUUACUAGGACACCUAUGUGGCAUUUUGUCUGGAUUUGCAUAUACUAAUGGCUUAUUCAACUUCUUGAUGCCUGGAACAUCCUUCUAUUCUGCCAUUGAGGCCUCAUCUUGGCUUUCAUCUUGCGUCAGGCGACCUAAAUUUAUUUUGUGCACUGGUGGGAAUUCUGCGGGCUACAUCCCUACAUAUUCGAGCCAAAAUACAACUUCUAGUGGAUUAUUUUCUGGAAAUAUUUGGAGAAACUUGUCCUCCUGGAUGCCACAAAGAGACUCAUCUGCUCAGUCAACACAAGAUGAUCCAAGAUUCCCAGGGAGGGGAAGGACGCCUGGAGGCGGCCGAAGUCAAAUGGUUUCUGGUGGUAAUUCAGAUUCAAACCUACAGGCUAGACUCUUGGAUAAUAGCAGCCCAGAUCGUUCAUCAGACGUAGCAGCAACUGGUCCAGGAGAACAGUUAUCUGAUGGAAGGCGGCAAGCAGGUAAUGCAGCAGCUGGAGUUCCUGUAAUCCAUCAGACGCAGGGCUCAGUGGCUUCUGAUGAAGAAAUCCAAAAACUUGUAGCAAUGGGUUUUGAAAAGACACAGGUAGAAGUUGCACUAGCAGCUGCUGACGGGGAUCUGAAUGUGGCUGUGGAAAUUCUCAUGAGUCAACAGGGAUAAAAUUGCAAAAUAAGCUUCGAGUUCUCAUUGAGACCGACCAUGAGCUGAGUUCUGUUCGCCUAGUUGGUUGCUUCUGUCAUGUUUUAUGUCGUGCUUCCUCUAUAUUUUCAAAUAGCCAUUUAGACAGGACGAUGAGACCGAUGGGGGAAAGACCGAAAUACACCAACUCUUGCUAAACCGAAGAAUAGAAAAAGGAAAGAAUGAAACAAAUUUAAAUCUAAAAAAGAAAAAGAACAAAACAAACAAAAAAAAAAAUUGUAAACAUGUUAUGCCUAACUGGAACAUUCAUAUUCAAUUUUACAGUGUAUCUCUUACUCUAAUCCACCUUCUGACCGUUAGACCUCUCCUGUAUAAUUCUGACCAUAGACCUCUCCUGCAUUUGAAGUUUGAAGACUUAUAAAAUAGACUGAAAUGUUCAAAUCUCUUUA